AUGGAAAACAAUUUAAUUUGGUUAGAGAAGUAUAGGCCAAAAACUCUGGAUGAAGUUCAUGGCAAUUCUGAUUUGUUGAUAAAUUAAGAGUAAUAGCAAAAAUGGGAAAUCUUCCUACCAUCAUAUUGGUUGGCCCUCCUGGAAUAGGGAAGACAAGUAGUAUAAAUAUUGGGAGAUUCAAUAAAAGAAAGUGUGCUUGAAUUGAAUGCAUCUGAUGAUAGAGGAAUAGAGACAGUGAGAGAACAAAUAAAAGGGUUUGCAUAGAAGAAAGUGAAUUUACAGGAAGGACAACACAAAAUAGUAAUUUUAGAUGAAGCAGACAGUUUGACAGAAGGAGCAUAAUAAGCAUUAAGAAUGUUCAUCAGUGAUUAUUCGAAUUCUACUAGAUUUGUAUUAUCUUGUAAUGAUUCAACUAAAUUGAUUGAUGCAAUCUAAAGCAGAUGCUGA